GCUGAUCCCGGGCCUGGGCGCGGGAGGUGCGGAAGAGACUCGGAAGGCCGAGGCGCGGGGCGCGCGGUGCUGGCCGCCGGCUUCGGCCGGGCUCCCGCCCCCAACUUUCUAGCGCACGGGGCUCCCCCGGCUGGGUGGAAGCGAAGGCUUGAAGCUCAUGGGAGCCCCAGCGAAGAUGACAUUGUCCCAGGGGCAGUCGAUGAUGCUCAACUGCAGCAAGGAGGGGCUGGAGGAGCCAGACAUACAGUGGAUGAAGGAUGGGGAUAUGGUCCGGACUGGGAGCCAGGUGUACAUCGCCAUCAGUGAGCGCCACUGGAUUUGCUUCCUCAGCCUGAAGUCAGUGGAGCGUUCUGAUGCGGGCCAGUACUGGUGCCAGAUGGAGGAUGGGGGCAAAACUGAGAUCUCUCAGUCAGUGUGGCUCACAGUAGAAGGUGUACCAUAUUUCACUGUAGAGCCCAAAGAUCUGGCAGUGCCCCCCAAUGCCCCUUUCCAACUCUCUUGUGAGGCCGUGGGUCCCCCGGAACCUGUUACCAUUUUCUGGUGGAGAGGAAGAACGAAGGUUGGGAAACCUGGUCUCUCUCCCUCAGUUUUAAAUGUAACAGGGGUGACCCAGAGCACAGUGUUUUCCUGUGAAGCUCGCAACAGAAAAGGCCUGGCUAUUUCCCGCCCGGCCACUGUUCACCUUCAAGCACUGCCUGCAGCCCCCUUCAACAUCACAGUGACAAAGCUCUCCAGCAGCAACGCUAGCGUGGCCUGGAUGCCGGGUGCUGAUGGUCGAGCCGUGCUUCAAUCCUGUACAGUGCAGGUGACACAGGCCCCAGGGGACUGGGAGGUCCUGGCAGUCGUGGUCCCUGUGCCACCCUUUACCUGCCUGCUUCGGGACUUGACACCUGCCACCAAUUACAGCCUCAGGGUGCGCUGUGCCAAUGCCUUGGGGCCCUCUCCCUAUGCUGAAUGGGUGCCCUUUCAGACAAAGGGUCUGGCCCCAGCCAGAGCUCCCAGGAACCUCCACGCCAUCCGCACAGAUUCUGGCCUCAUCCUGGAGUGGGAAGAAGUGACCCCAGAGGGUCUUUUGGAAGGCCCCCUGGGACCCUAUAAACUUGCCCUGUUUCAAGACAAUGGAACCCAGGAUGAGCUGACUGUGGAGGGGACUCGGGCCAAUGUGACAGGCUGGGAUCCCCAGAAGGACCUGAUCGUGCGUGUGUGCGUCUCCAAUGCAGUUGGCUGUGGGCCCUGGAGUCAGCCGCUGGUGGUCUCUUCUCAUGACCAUGCAGGCCAUCAGGGCCCUCCCCACAGCCCCACAUCCUGGGUGCCUGUGGUCCUGGGUGUGCUCACAGCUCUGGUGACAGCUGCUGCCUUGGCCCUCAUCCUGCUUCGAAAGAGGCGGAAAGAGACACGUUUCGGGCAAGCCUUUGACAGCGUCAUGGCCCGAGGGGAGCCAGCUGUUCACUUCCGGGCAGCCCGGUCCUUCAAUCGGGAAAGGCCGGAGCGCAUCGAAGCCACAUUGGACAGCCUAGGCAUCAGCGAUGAGCUGAAAGACAAGCUGGAGGAUGUCCUCAUCCCAGAGCAGCAGUUCACUCUGGGCCGAAUGCUGGGCAAAGGAGAGUUUGGUUCAGUGCGGGAGGCCCAGCUGAAACAGGAGGAUGGCUCCUUUGUGAAAGUGGCUGUCAAGAUGCUGAAAGCUGACAUCAUCGCUUCAAGUGACAUUGAAGAGUUCCUCAGGGAGGCAGCUUGCAUGAAGGAGUUUGACCAUCCACAUGUGGCCAGGCUUGUAGGUGUGAGCCUCCGCAGCAGGGCCAAAGGCCGCCUCCCCAUCCCUAUGGUCAUCCUGCCCUUCAUGAAGCACGGGGACCUGCACGCCUUCCUGCUUGCCUCCCGGAUUGGGGAGAACCCCUUUAACCUGCCCCUCCAGACUCUGAUCCGGUUCAUGGUGGACAUUGCCUGUGGCAUGGAGUACCUGAGCUCCCGGAACUUCAUCCACCGAGACCUGGCUGCUCGAAACUGCAUGCUGGCAGAGGACAUGACGGUAUGUGUAGCUGACUUUGGACUAUCCCGAAAAAUCUACAGUGGGGACUACUAUCGUCAGGGCUGUGCCUCUAAAUUGCCUGUCAAGUGGCUGGCCCUGGAGAGCCUGGCAGACAACCUGUACACUGUGCACAGUGAUGUGUGGGCCUUCGGGGUCACCAUGUGGGAAAUCAUGACUCGUGGGCAGACACCAUAUGCUGGCAUUGAAAACGCUGAGAUUUACAACUACCUCAUUGGCGGGAACCGCCUGAAACAGCCUCCAGAGUGCAUGGAGGACGUGUACAAUCUCAUGUACCAGUGCUGGAGCACCGAUCCGAAGGAACGACCCAGCUUCACAUGCCUGCGGAUGGAACUGGAGACCAUCCUGGGCCACCUGUCUGUGCUGUCCAGCAGUCAGGACCCGUUGUACAUCAACAUCGAGAGGGCCGAGGAGCCUGCCGAGGGUGGCAACCUGGAGCUGCCUUGCAGUGACCAACCUGGCAGCGGGGCUGGGGAUGGCAGUGGCGUGGGGGUGGUGGGAGACAUCCCCAGUGACUAUCGGUAUAUCCUCAGCCCCAGCGGCCCAGCUGAUCUGCCGAGACAGGCUGAGCAGCAGCCAGAGAGCCCUGUCAGUGAGGCCCAGAGGCUGCUGCUCUUACAGCAAGGGCUGCUGCCCCACAGUAGUUGUUAGCCUGCAGGCAGGGCCAGCCAAGCCACCCAGGCAGCAAGGGUGGAGGCUCCUGUGGAAGCCCGCUUGAGCUGCACUGGGGCCUGGACUCACCAAAUCCCAAUCCCAGUUCUUCCUGUGGCUACUCCAUGGCUGGCCUGGAGUCAAUUCAGGCCUUGGCUUGGAGAAUGUGGCCCAGGCCUGGUUGCCUGAACCUAGGCAACUAGGUGUGGGGGGGAUUAUGUUUCCAUGGCUACCAUGGGUGUGGAUGGCAGUGGGGGCAGAAUAGAUGCAGCCCUGUGGGCCCCUGCCCUCCAGCUGAGCUGUCCCUGCUGCUUUAGUGCAUGUCUUGAGCCACCUUCACCUGGGGCUCAGCGAUGCCCACCACAUUGGGGUUUAAAUGCCAGGUUUGCCCCUCCUAGGCACAGAGAUGCCCUUGUAUUAUUCCCUUGUAGGUGAGAAUUAGUAAGGGGCUGGUACAGGCGGGUCCCAAUCCCUGUGGCAGGGGACAGUGGGAUGCUCUCAGGUCUGAAUCCUUGUCUCUGCAUUGAUUCCCACUCUUCCCUUGCUGGGAGAGGUGGUGGGAGGGUGCUUUCAUGAAACUGGCUGGACCUUCUGUGGCAUGCGGGGCACCACUGAGCUCCUCAGGAAGGACAGGAGGGGCUGGCCCCAGAAUAGAGACAAGAAGAGCACAGGAGCCCCUGUCCAGCCCCCCAUAGUCUGUCAGAGCAUGCUACCAAACACCCGAGACUAACAGAGGCAGCUGUGUAUGAGCCCAGCCCCUCCACACUGACUGGAACCUUCUGUCCCAAGUCUCCGGAGAGCAAACAGGCCUACGGGCCGGGGGAAGGGGUCUGUCCAGAGCCGGCCCUUGCUGGGGGAGCCUCGUGGGAUGCAUGGGGCAGGCGUCGGGCAUUUUCCAAGCUGUUAGCUGCUGUUUAAAAACGGAAAUAAAAUCAAAGACUAAAGAACCAAGA